GGUCCUCACUCUCCGUCUCCACUCCGACCAACCCGGCGGGGCGCUCCGCCGCUCGCCCUCGCCCUCGCCCUCACCGCCACCCACCCCUACCCAAGCCGCGCCACGGGCAUGUGGGCCCUCAACCUCAAGGCCGGGGGCCCCUGCGUCACGCCGACGAGGCGCCCCGCCCCGCCGCCGUCCUGGGGCCGCCCUCUCCCCUCUGCCGGCGAGGCCGGCCCGUGCUCCGUGGCGGCGGCGGGGCGGAGGCGCGGCACCGCGCUGGUGGCGGUGGGCGCGUCGCGGAGGGGGAGCAAGGACGGCCCCGGCGGCGGCGCCGGCGACGGCGGGGACGACGAGGCCAAGGGCAAGGCCUCGCCUUCCGGUGAGAGCAAUGAUGAUGCGGCCUCCACGGGUGACAGCUCUGAUGGAUUGAACCAAAUGCAUGAUGAAUCCAAAUCCAGCGAGCCGGUUAAUAUUUCUAACAGCAAUUACUGGAGAGAUGUCAGAGCAAACCUUGUACGCAGGGAACAGGAGCUCUUGGUAGAUCCAAUUGCACCAACGGAGUCAAAGACAUCCCCGGGUGAACCAGCACAGCAACUUCCUCAGAAAUGGGCUCACCCUAUUACAAUGCCAGAGGCAGGGUGUGUGUUGGUUGCUACCGAGGUUCUUGAUGAUGAUAGCAUCUUCGAAAGAACUGUCAUUCUCCUCCUUAGACUAGGUACCAGAGGCACGUUUGAUGGUCCGUUUGGAGUAAUCCUGAACCGUCCGCUCUACACAAAGAUCAAGCAUGUCAAUCCAUCAUUCCAGGACCAGGCAACUCCGUUUGGUGACUCAACCCUCUUCUUUGGAGGCCCUGUCGACAUGAGCAUGUUCUUGGUGAGGGCUGCCGACAACUCACGUCUCAAGGGGUUCGAGGAGGUUAUACCAGGCAUUCGCUUCGGCUUCCGGACCGACCUAGAAAAGGCUGCUGUUCUGAUGAAGAGUGGAGCAAUUAGGAGCCAGGACCUGAGGUUUUUCGUCGGGCAUGCAGCCUGGGACUAUGAACAACUGCUAAGUGAGAUCAGGGCAGGAUAUUGGGCUGUAGCUUCCUGCAGCACAGAGCUGAUCAGUGACGCCCUGACAGGCGAUCCUUCAUGCCUCUGGACCGAGAUAUUGCAACUGAUGGGAGGGCAUUACUCGGAGCUCAGCCAGAAACCGAAGCAAGACGACCAGUAGAUGCUGCUUAUGUGUACCAUCACAACAGCUAAGGCUGUAUCCAAUCCUGUACAUAAUUGGAAUAGUGUAAAUCUCACCUGCAAGGCUGCAACUCUACCUUCAUGCCUUCCACGCUUCGUGUAGCAACUGCUAUAUAUUCAACUGUUACAUAUGCAUUUUCUUACGGAAAUAAGCUCUAUACGACUGUUUACGCAUGAUUGAUGGGAAA